AUGGUACAGCAACUCGAAAACAACCAGGAAGAAGAAGAGGAAGUGGACAACACAGAAAUGAUUAUCAUCAAUGACAAACGACAUGAAACAAUAGAAAAGGGGCAAAUUUACAAGGACAAAGAAACAUUGAUAAGUACACUAUGCUACUUUGCAAUCAAGAAGACAUUUCAAUACAAAGUAGUGAAAUCUUGCACAAAAGAAUACAACAUAGUGUGUUUGGACACAAACUGCAAAUGGAGUUUAAAGGCUACAAAAAAUGGAAACACAGAAACAUUCAUAAUAAGGAGCUACCAAGAAGAACACACAUGUGCAGUUACAAUAAGAUUUGGAGAUCAACGACAAGCUACAUCAAAGUUGAUAGCAGAUUUUGUAAAACCAAAAUUCUUGAACCUGAAAAUAAAGUGCAGCCCGGCAGACAUAAAGACAGGAAUGAAAGACAAAUACGGAAUAAAGAUGAAUUACAUGAAAGCAUGGCGUAGUAAAGAGCGAGCACAAACCCAGCUACAUGGAAAUGCUAAAGAGUCGUACAAUCUCUUGCCAAGAUACCUGUACAUGCUACAGAAAACAAAUCCAGGAACAUUAAUUGACAUAGAGAAAGAAGAUGAUGACAGUUUCAAAUAUGCAUUUGUUGCAUUGAAUGCUGCUAUAAAAGGUUGGCCAAAUUGCAAACCACUCAUCGUUGUGGACGGUACAUUCCUAAAGGUCGCGUAUGGAGGCACGUUGCUCACUGCCAACACACAAGAUGCAGAAUCGAAAAUUUCUCAACUUGCAUACUGCAUAGUUGAUUCUGAGAACGAUAAAUCAUGGGAGUGGUUCUUAAAAAAAAUAAAAGAAGCAUUCGGGGUUCGAGAAUAUCAAUGCCUAAUAUCAGACAGACAUGAAAGCAUCAUCAAAGCAACUAGGAAAGUGUUCCUUGAAAUAACACAUGGCUACUUCAUCUUCCACCUCUUGUCGAACCUCAAAACAAAAUUCAAAAAAAAUGCAAAGCAUUUCAGAGCUCCAUUCUUUGCAGCCGCAAAAGCUUACACAGAAAUGGAGUUUGAAUUCCAUAUGAGGGAGCUAGACAACUUGGAUAAGCGCAUAAGACCGUACUCUACCAUGACAUCAAACAUAGCUGAGGCACUGAACUCAGCAAAUUUAGCAGCAAGAGAAACACCAGUCACAACAUUAAUGGAGUGCUUGAGGGCACAAAUGCAAGAGUGGACAUACAAUAAUAGAAAGGAGUCACAAAAAUGCACAACAAGACUGACACCAUCAUCUGAGAAAAAAUUCAUAGGGAACUAUGUACACUCAUUGCGACUAACAGUGAAACCAGCAAACCAAAACCUAUUUGAGGUGAUAGAUGAAGACAGAACAAGAAUAGUAAACUUGAAGGAGAAGACGUGCACAUGCAACAGAUUUCAAAAAGAUGAAAUGCCAUGUAACCAUGCAGUCGCCGUCAUGAAGGACUUGAACAUAAACACAUACAACUACUGUGCACAAUACUACACAUCAAAAGCAUGGCUGCAAACAUAUGAAGAAACAGUAUACCCAGUUGGAAACGUUAGAGAAUGGGAACUACCAGAAUUUUUUGAAGACAUCAUAGUGUUGCCUCCAAAAGAAAGAAUCAAGUCUGGAAGGCCGAGGAAAAGAAGAAUGGCAGCAACUUGGGAAACAAAACAAAACAAGUGUGGCAAGUGUGGACAAAAGGGACAUAACAAAAAGACCUACAGAAGAAUUACAGCAUAA